GAGCCUUGCAGGACUUGGCCCGCCGCACCUUUGUAGUGUAGUCGCGUCCUCCGACACAGGCCUACAGUGCACAUACCGAUAUGGUUAAUGAAGAUCGCGCCACAGUCGCCUGGCUGGAAAGUGACAUGGAUGAGCUGAGCGAGCCAUACUGCCAUGUGGCCGGUACCGGUACCGGGAGACCGUACGGCCUGUGCCCUUUUCUGGCCAUGUGAUAAACGACAAACGCGACGCGAGCGCACAUGCCAUAGCCUACACACAGACGCAGGGCCGACGCUAUUCUCGAGUCGGGUGCACACGGAGCCUUAUCAUAACAACAUCCCAAGUUCAAUCAUGGCCGGCCUCGCCAAGCUCGAGUCGGAGCUUGCUGAUGCGCUGAAGAAACUCGCAUAUCCCGAUCGCCCCUGGACGCGUGGGAUUGGCGGCCCGAACGGCGAGCACGUCUAUGAGGUCGUUAUCAUCGGGGGCGGACAAUGCGGUCUCACGGCGGCGUUCGGUCUGAUGCGCGAGCAUGUCGAAAACAUUCUGGUAUUGGAUGAGAACGAGAGCGGCAAGGAGGGUCCGUGGGUGACAUAUGCGCGUAUGGUCACCCUGCGCACCAACAAGGCGCUCACGGGCCCAGACCUCGGCGUCCCGCAACUCGUCUUCCAGUCUUACUACGAGGCCAAGUACGGCAAGGAGGCCUGGGAGGCGCUGGACAAGAUCCCGCGCGGCGAGUGGAUGGACUACCUGGUGUGGUACCGGCGCGUGCUGGGCAUUCCCGUGCAGAACUCCACCAAGGUUGAGGUCAUCCGCCCACUGCCCGAGGGCCCUCGCGGCUGUCUGUACGAGGUGGUGGUCGACACACCCACCUGCGCCGGAGCCAAGAUCUACGCGCGCAAGGUGGUGCUCGCCACCGGCAUCCAGGGCGGCGGCGAGUGGCACAUCCCGAGCUUCAUCAAGAACUCGGUGCCGCGUGACAAGUUCGCGCACACCUCCGAGUUCAUCGACUUUGAGGCGCUCAAGGGCAAGAAGGUCGCCAUCCUGGGCGGCGGCGCCUCGGCGUUUGACAACGCGCAGUACGGGCUGGAGCGCGGCGUGGGCGAGGUGCACGUGUUCGUGCGGCGGCCGGAGCUGCCGCGCAUCAACCCCAUCCGCUACAUGGAGUUUUCGGGCUUCCUGAAGCACUUCUCCGACCUGGAUGACGCCACCAAGUACGCCGGCAUCAACUUCUUCAUGCAAUUCAACCAGCCGCCCACCAACUGCACCUUCAACCGCGCCGCGCGCUUCCCCAACUUCCGCCUUCACACCGGCGCGCCCUGGACCGGCCUGGCGCUGGAGGGCGAUCGCGUGCGCGUCACCACGCCGCACGGCUCUGAGCUCUUCGACUUCCUCAUCGUGUCCACCGGCCUGCUCACCGACACCAAGCUGCGCCCGGAGCUGCGCGAGGUGGCUGACCAGAUCGCGGUCUGGGCCGACCGCUACACGCCCUCCAACCCCGCCGAGCGCAACCCGCUCAUCGACGUGCACCCCUACCUGGGCCCCUGCUUUGAGUACCAGCCCAAGAAGGCGGACGAGCACGCGCCGCACCUGUCCGGCAUAUUCGCCUACAACUACUCGGCGCUUGCGAGCCUGGGCCUGAGCGCCUCGGCGCUGAGCGGCAUGAAGUACGCCAUCCACAAGCUCAUCUCCGGCAUCACGCGCCAGCUGUUCCUGGAUGACAAGGAGCUCUUCAUCGGUGACUACCUCAACUACCGCACCGAGGAGUUCGUGGGCGUGUGGCCGCUGCCGGUGGAGGCGGCGGUCGGCGCCGGCGCCGCGGAGGAGGAGGAGGAGGAUGAGGAGGUGGCGCGGGCCGCGGAGAAGGAGGAUGGGGAGGUGGAGGCGGCCGCCAAGGCCGCCGCCGCGCUGGUGAUUGCGCAGUAGGCUGCUGCUGUGGCGGCGCCGCAUCUGAUGAGUUGCUGCGCGCCUGUGUGCGCGUGCGUGUGUGGCGGCGUGCUGGUUUGUAUCACCCAUAUGCGCACCUCUCAGGCGCAGCGGGGGUGGGCAUGGACCGACAAGUAUGCAAUUGCAAGCCGUACAAGCCAGGUUCGCCUUGGGAGCCCCACUUGCGCAUAUUCUUGUUUUCUCAAUGCAAAUUGCUGACACUGUUCUUGGUCGAGGCGGCCAAGGUCUCUGCAUUCACCGGCUAGAAAAAGUGGUUGAGCAUAGCUCCAAUCCCUAACUUUGGGGAUGUGGGCACUGCAUGGUGCGCACGGCUGAGUGCGGCACGGAAAGAGGAUCGGGCGCAUUCUGCCCAUUCCUUACUCCGAGCGUCAGGCGGUUGCGCGCGGGAGAGGUGAUCGCGCGGCGCAUAGCCGCUCCCUUGCGCAUGUGCUUGUAGACAGAGCGAGAGGAAGAGAUCUUGUGCGCGGGGAGGUCAUUUGUACUGAAAGUCUGCAGCUGCAUCAUGUCUUGGCUUGAUGACUGGAACGGCGGGGUAACUGUACAGUAUUCUGCUUGGGCAUUGGGCCGGCGCAUGAGCUGGGUUGCUGCACGGACCCUUGCAACCUUGGUUACGAUAGGUGCGCAUGCGCCUGGGCUUCAAGCCUGCGUGGCCUUUCUGUGCUUCUUUGUCACUCCACUGCAUGUCGUUGUGUGCGAGCUGGGUGUGGCGUUGACACUUAGACACGUGGGAGAGAUUAGACGCCUGAAGAGUAUGUACAGUAAGACUGACAUGCAUGUCGCGAAGCGUGAGGGUGAGCUGGUUUGCUUGAUGUCGAUACUUACGACACCACCCACCGCAAAAGGGGAGUACGCGUAAAAAGUUUGGAGCAGGAGGUGUGUAACAUACCGCGCCGCGCAAAUUGCGGGCGGCAGGUGGAGUGGUGGCGGCUAUGGGACCUUUGCGUGGCGGAGCUGAGCUGAACGGGUAGCUGGGCCCAACCGUCCUUGCCGGCGUGGCGGGUGGUGCGUGAAUCACACGCCCUCCGCAGACGGGGCCGUGCAUCCUUGGCCGUGAUGGCAUUUUUUUUGGUCAUGCGUUGCAAAUGAUAGUGUAGAUUGACCGAGAGAACUUACCGGGACCCGCCACUUUUGCUAGCCCUCCUCGCGGCUUGAAUUGGGUGCAUACAAAAAUAGCUUGGACACAAGGUGGGGCGCUGGAACGGCAGUGCCGAAGCGAUGCGAUGGAGGGCGUGGCGGCUUCAGUGAGAAUGUGUUGGUGUGAUAUCGUGUCCGGGAAACACAGACGGGAUCUGCAGCUGCAGUGCUGCACGGUGGGGAUGCUGAGGGAGGCUUGGAUAGCGCUGUAAGGCGCUGUUGCG